UGUUUUAAAACGACAUCGUAAUGUGUGAUGUUGUGUUGUUGUGGUGUGGGCCUCUCAUUUCAGAGGUGAGAGAAAAAAUCUUAUCUCUGUGGACUGUGAUUGUGUGAUGUUGUUUCCCUAUCUUCAUCUUCUUCUACUCCAUGCUCUAACCACGUCCUUGUAGAGGAAAAGAAAAAAAAUGGCUGCUUCAUCUUCCUCUUUCACUCUCUGUAAUCACACCACACUUCACACUCUCCCUCAGAGAAAGACCCUUGUCACCAAAACCCAUUUUUCUGUUCCCACAAAAUCAUCAGAAUCUAAUUUCUUUGGCUCCAGACUCACUCACUCGUCGUAUCUCUCCCCAGUCUCUUCCUCUUCUCUCAAAAGCUUAAUCUUUGCCAAGGUUAACAAGGGUCAGGCUGCACCAGACUUCACACUCAAGGAUCAGAACGGAAAGCCGGUGAGCCUCAAGAAGUAUAAAGGGAAGCCUGUUGUUCUCUACUUCUACCCUGCAGAUGAAAGCCCUGGCUGCACCAAACAGGCUUGUGCUUUCAGAGACUCUUAUGAGAAAUUCAAGAAAGCCGGUGCAGAGGUCAUUGGGAUUAGUGGUGAUGACUCUGCUUCUCACAAGGCGUUUGCAAGCAAAUACAAGCUGCCGUAUACAUUGUUAAGCGACGAAGGGAAUAAGGUGAGAAAAGAUUGGGGAGUACCAGGAGACUUGUUUGGGGCAUUGCCAGGGAGACAAACUUACGUCCUUGACAAAAACGGUGUUGUUCAGCUCAUCUACAACAACCAGUUCCAGCCUGAGAAACACAUUGACGAGACCUUGAAGUUUCUUAAAGCUGCUUGAUCAUUCUCUCUUUCUCUUUCUUCGUCCUUAAUGCAUGUCUCAUGUCUGGCUCCAUGACCUUCCCAUACUGUUUCUGUUGAUUAUGAAUUUUCAAUAAUACCAUGCUAUACUAAUGAGAAGUGAGUUGGCUUUGGUCUGGUAAAAAGAUCACAACGGGAUAAGUAUUGAAGAGUGGUUAAAAUGUUGGUCAGAGUUGGAUUGGCAAA